AUGGUGGCGAAGACGGAGCGCAAGGGCGCCGAAACGAAGCCCCCGACGCACUUCCCAGGCGUCGCCGGGGCGUUCGUUCGCGUCACCAUGCACAACUUCAUGUGCCACGCGAACGCAAAGGUUGAGCUCGGACCGCGAAUCAAUUACGUCACGGGCGAGAACGGGAGCGGGAAGAGCGCGAUUUUGACCGCGUUGGCGGUCGCGCUCGGGGCGAAGAUGAAAUCCAUCGGACGGUCGAGCACGAAGAGCGCGAAAGGGAUGAUCAAGACGGGGGCGAGCUUCGCGCGCGUCGUCGUCGUGAUCUCGAACGAUGGAGAGGAUGCGUUUAAACCGGAUGUGUUCGGACGAUCGAUCACGGUUGAGAAGGUGUUGAACGCGACGGGGGCGAAUUCGCUGAAGAUUAAGAGCGAGAGCGGGGAAACGGUCGGGACGCGGGUGGACGAGUUGAAUAAGCUCGCGGACCACUUUUGCAUCGACGUCGAUAAUCCCAUCACGGUGAUGACGCAGGACAUGGCGAAGAAGUUCUUGCACACCGGUGAUGCGACUAAGAAGUAUCAGUUUUUCAUCGAUGCGACGCUGUUGUCGGAUUUGAUGGAGCUGCAAGAGAUUGCAAAGAAUAAGUCAAACGAGAUGAAGGACGUGCUGAACGAGCACUUGGAAACGAUUCCAAAACUUAGAGAGGAAGUGGCAGAAUUGACGCACGAGCUCCAUUCGUUUGAGCGCGUGCAAGAGCUACGAUCGAAGGCGAUCGAUUUUAGGAAUCGUCUGGCGUGGUCGAAGGUGGUCGAGGCGGAAAAGAAGUUGGAAGAAGAAAAGGAGGCACAACAGGUGUAUGUGCAGAAGAGAGGGGAACUUCAAGCCAAACUUGGCACCGCGCAAGCGACGCUCGAAAAGGCGGCCAUAGACAACGAAGAGUUUGGGCGACAGUCAGAAGAUUUCAGUAGAAAGCUUCAAGAGCUUAGCGCGGAGCGUCGUCAGGCUGAGAAUGAGCGUAGAGAAGCGGGGCGACAAUUGCAAAAGGCCGAGACGGAUAAACUGAGCGAGGAAACGAGCGUGCGGAAGCUUUCGAAGCGCGUGUCCGACACGGAGUCAAAGAUUCAACGGUCGUUGGAGGCGCAGCGAGGCGACACGACAGAGACUGAUAGGCGAUUGCAAAAACUGAGCUCGAACCUCGUGGCUGCCAAGGCUGAGAUUGAGACGUGCUCGGGCGAUAUAGAGAAAUUGAAGGCCGGACAGGAAGACAAACAGCGAGCACAGAGUAACUUCGCGCGACAAAAGAAGUUUGCUGAGAAUGAGAUCAACGACAUUCGCAAGCAUAUCUCCACUCUGAAGCAGACGUCAAGCAACAGGUUGGUGCUUUUCGGACAGCAAAUGCCACGACUCGUCGACACGGUGCAAAGGCGACUGGGUGAGUUUUCCAAGCCUCCAAUUGGACCCGUCGGUAUGCACGUCACUCUCAAAGAUCAAAGUUGGAUUGUUCCGGUUGAAGAAGCUCUCGGUCAAUCUAUGACGACAUUUUUGGUCUCAAGCCCGAAAGACAUGGAUAAGCUGCGCCAAAUCAGCAAAGAAUGUGGCAUGAACAAUUUAAGCAUUCAAAGCGUCGACUUCAACCGUGGAAGAUACAACAUCCCUGUUGAAAAGGUACCCAAUCAAACCGAAUUCACGUCCAUCGAAAGUGUCCUGGAAUGCAAACACGACGUGGUUUUCAACUUCCUCGUCGAUAGCGCCGGCAUCGAACGAGCCGUGCUCAUGAAAGACGAACGCGAGGCGAGAGGCAUGUUCUAUUCCGGCGCCGCGAAACAAAAGCAAGUCGCGGUGGCGUAUACUUUCCAUCGUAAAAUCUUCAUGACAGGUCAAGUCGUGCGAGAUGAAGCCUUCAAAAGCUACAAUCAAGCACAACGACUCGGAACGGAUCCGAAAGCGCAGAUUGCGUCGAUGGAAAAUCGAGUCAAGGAAAAGCAAUCUGAAAUCAAAUUGCUCAGCAACGACGAGGCUGCGUGCAUGCGAGCCGUCAAGGACAUUGCGAAUAUGAUCAAGAAAAAAGAAGCUGAAUUCAGUACUCUCAAUAAGAACGCUCAGAAGGCGUUCAGUGAUUUGCAGCAAGCGAAACUUGACGCCGAAGACUCGAGCGGCACUGGGGUUGACGUGAGUACGCUCCAGGAGGAGCUCGACAGCCUCAAUGUCGACUUAUCCAAGCAUCAAAGUAGUCUUAAAGAAGCCGAAUUCGCUUUCACGCAAGCUAAAGAGGCACAUGAUAUUGCAGAGAACGUCAUCAAUGAGAAACUCUCACUCGCCGAUUCGUACAAGGCAGAAGUGGAGCAAUACGCCAAAGCAAUGCAGAAGAUUGAUUCGGAACGUCAAAAGGCAGAGAAACAAGUUGAAACUUGCGUGGAGCGGCUUCAACAAGCAGAUAAUCUCAUCGAAGACUGCGAAACUAGUAUACAGGCGAUGAAGACGGAAUGCGAAGAGCUGGCCGACAAAACGAAGAAAGAAAUUUGUGACCGCGAAGUCGCAGAGCACGCAGGCGAUAUCACUUUGUUACCGACACAGCUGCAACGCUUGUACGAAAAGACGAAAGAAUCGAUGAAGAAGGAAGAGAGUCGACACAAGAGACCAUACGAAGAAGUGAACGAUGAAUUAUCGGACCGAAAGCGAAAGCUCAUCAAACUCGAACACGGUGUGGAGAGCUCAAAGAAGAUUUUCCAAAAGCUCAGAGUGGGCGUCAGAAAGCGCCGGGAGACGAUGGUAACACAAGCGCGCCAGACCGCCGCCAACGUAUCGCACAGAUUCAACUAUCAUAUGCAAGCGAAAGGGCAAGCGGGUCAAAUUGAAGUCAACUACGAGGAAUCGCAGUUGAUCAUCAAGCUCAAGGAUGGCACGAACACGAGAGCUAUCACAGACACUCGCGCCUUGAGUGGUGGUGAACGAUCGUAUUCCACGCUCGCGUUCAACCUCGCGCUUGGCGAUGAAUCUGACUCGCCUUUCCGAGCGAUGGAUGAGUUCGACGUAUUCAUGGAUGCCGUGAACCGUAGAAUAUCUAUGAAGACGCUUCUUGAAUUUGCGAGAAGCGACAAUCACUCAAACAAACAGUUUUUGUUCAUCACGCCGCAGGAUUUGAGCGCCAUCAACGCCGACGACCCAGACGUCAAAGUGCAAAAGAUGAUCGCCGCUCGUCCGUCUUAA